CUUUCUUCCUCCCCUCACCCGCCUGCCGUUCGCGUCCUCCGCUCGAGAACCUCCACACGGGCGCCGGAGCGCUCGCCUGAUCCCCAACCCCGCCUCCUCCGCCGCCCGCAGACACUAGCGCUGCGACGACGAUUCCUUACCCACCUCAAGAUCGGGGGACAAGGUAAGAGGAGGGGGAGAGGGUGAAGGGGGGAGGAGAUGCAGAGAGACCGAGGCGUCUCGGCGACUGCUGGGGGCGCCGGCGAGAGGAAGCGGAUAGGCGAGGCGAUGGACAGGUCCUCUCCGUCAACGUCCUGGGGGUUCUCCGGCGGCCGCGAGAGGGACCGGAUCGCCGCCGGGAAGCAGCCGGAGGUGCCACGCUCCGGCGCUGGAUCCACCGCCAUGUCCAAGGGCAAGCUGUCCGAUGGAGAGUCGGAUACGGACAGCGAAGAAUCAGAUUUGAGUGGUUCUGAUGGAGAAGAUACAUCGUGGAUUUCAUGGUUCUGCAGCUUGCGGGGCAAUGAGUUUUUCUGUGAAGUUGAUGACGAUUACAUACAAGACGAUUUCAAUCUCUGUGGGCUGAGCGGUCAAGUUCCAUAUUAUGAAUAUGCUCUUGACCUGAUAUUGGAUGUCGAAUCUUCACAUGGUGACAUGUUCACAGAAGAGCAAAAUGAACUUGUUGAAUCAGCUGCUGAGAUGCUUUAUGGAUUGAUUCAUGUUCGAUAUAUUCUUACAAGUAAAGGGUUGGCUGCAAUGUUGGAUAAGUACAAGAACUAUGACUUUGGAAGAUGUCCGAGAGUUCACUGCAGUGGUCAAUCAUGCCUCCCAGUUGGCCAAUCAGACAUUCCUCGUUCUAGCAAUGUGAAGAUUUACUGCCCAAAGUGCGAAGAUCUCUACUAUCCGAGAUCCAAAUAUCAAAGCAAUAUUGACGGAGCUUACUUUGGGACAACAUUCCCUCACUUGUUUCUGAUGUCGUACCCACACUUGAAGCCCCAGAAGCCGUCACAGGAAUACAUCCCCAGAGUUUUUGGUUUCAAACUUCAUAAGCAAUAACAAGUUUGAAGAUUGAAGGUGCAACAAAAGGUUCACAACAGAAUUAUCUGAUACUCUGCGCUGCACAGUAUUUUCGAGCUGCUCACCUGUGGACGGGAGGCAGUUCGCCACUUGAUUCAACUGGUGUAGCCGUGCCUUCUGAGAUGUAGCAUAUCACCGAAAUCCACCUGACACCAGGCUGAUCUCCCGCUCCCCUACGCCUGUCGUUCUGAUUUGAUGCUUGUGGUUUGUUUAGCGUAGGUGCAUAUCCUGUUCUUUACACAUCUUAUACGUGAGCUUGGCAUUUACUAAAAGAAGCCAUUAUGUAGCUUUGUUAUGUCUCGGUUGUGUAUUAUUUAUUUAUUUUGUUAGACAUGUGGUUCCUUUCCAGAAUAUGAUGGUAAUGGCAAACCCAAAACGUUCAAGCUGCCAAAACGUUCAAGCUGCCA